UUUUCUUUUUUUAUUAUCAUGCAGCACAUGGACUAUUGUUUUAUCCAGGUGGUUCAAAGACCAUUUCUGGAAUUAUGUUCAGAAUCAGCAUCAGUCUUUCCGUGAUUGUCAUGUGAUCAUUGUGUGUAAUUGCAAUUCCUAUCUGGUGUAAAAUAUUUUGAGAGAAUAUAAUUUGAAGAUUGCAGUUAUGUUAUAUCACACUUUCCAUUACUUUACAUAGUUGUAAAAACUAAAACAUAAAACAACAGCAAAACUGACACUUUUUCAUACUUUUUGUCAAAUAUUUAAUACACACAGGAUUCUAUGUAAAUAUAAUAGACUUAAACAUGUGGUUAUGUCAUACAGACUAUCUAUUUAUUACCUGAAAACAUUCUAUAUCAUGGCAUAUAUAACUAGCAAGAUAUGAAAUGACCUGUAUCAGGAUUGUGGCCAUAUGGUCCAGCCCUAUGGCUAAAUAUUUGCAAUUAUUAUUUGUAGUAAAAUGGAUGCUUAGCUCUGUGACUUAAAUGUAAUGAAAAAACAUGAGUGCCACAACCUAGAGCUGCAUCAGAUCCGGUCUUAAUGGUGUUAUUUCCAUCUUGGUUAUCUGUGGUCGUUGACAUUUAUUGACUGAAAUAACCAGAUUAUUAUAUAUAUAAGUGCAUGUCCUUUCAGGUUACCAGAUCUAGCUUCACGUUUCUUUCACACCUUGAAAUAAAGACAGGAUUUUGUCAUAAUCUUGCCUUUUUACUAUCAUGUUUACACACUGAGAGAGAAGGUAAUUUCCCAGCCAUAAUAUCUGUAUUCCUCUGUUUCACAGAUGUUUCCCAAAUCAACAUAGUAGUUUCCUCCACCUCUGACUGGCAACCAAGAACAUCGAGUCAGAUUUAAGAGAACUGCUGAUAAAUUCAGAGCACCAUAUUUCUUUUAAGAAUGGACCCUUAACUUCCUCAGCCACCUGGACAUACUGUUACACUUUUCCUCCAGUCGUUGAGUGACAAAUCGUCAGGGGUGUUCCACUGUACUGUUACGUCUUACUGCACAAGUUCGUGAAGCCUCGUCAAGAUGUUUUCAGCGCUGAAGAAGCUGGUGGGAUCGGAGCCGGGGCAGCUCCGAGACAAGAACAUUCCGGCUGGCCUGCAGUCCAUGAAUCAGAGUUUGCAGAGACGCUUCGCAAAAGGGGUCCAGUAUAAUAUGAAAAUAGUCAUCCGGGGCGAUCGCAACACGGGGAAGAGCACUUUAUGGCAUCGACUGCAAGGCAAGAAGUUUGUGGAGGAGUACCUACCCACUCAGGAGAUCCAAGCCACAAGUAUUCAUUGGAAUUACAAAACUACUGAUGAUGUGGUCAAGGUGGAGGUGUGGGACGUCGUAGACAAAGGAAAAGGCAAAAGACGCGGAGAGAAUUUAAAACUGGAGAAUGAGCCCCAAGAGUCGGAUGAGGUGGCCCUGGAUGCAGAGUUCCUGGAUGUUUACAAGAACUGUAAUGGAGUCAUCAUGAUGUUUGACAUUACCAAGCAGUGGACUUUUAACUACAUCCUGAGGGAACUGCCGAAAGUACCCACCCAUGUGCCGGUGUGUGUGUUGGGAAACCACAGGGACAUGGGCGAGCACCGCGUCAUCCUCCCUGACGACAUCAGAGACCUGAUUGCUGGACUUAACAGACCAAUGGGAGCAUCUUACAUCCACUAUGCUGAAUCCUCAAUGAAGAAUGGCUUUGGCUUGAAAUAUCUGCACAGGUUUUUCAACAUCCCCUUCCUGCAGCUACAGAGAGAGACCCUCCUGAGGCAGCUGGAGACCAACCAGCUGGACAUGGACGCCACCCUGGAGGAGCUCUGUGUCCAGCAGGAGACUGAAGAUCAGAACUAUGACAUUUUCCUGGAGAACCUGGAGUCUCGCAGUAAGGGCUUUGGAUCUCCCGGUCCAGCUAACGGUCAGAGUCCCUCCUCAGGCUCCCAGUCCCCCAUCGUCCCUCCCAGUGGGGCCUCUACAGGCAGCUCCAGCCCCAGCACGCCUCAGCCCCCCAUCCCCUCCCAGGUGGUCCCACAGUCACCGUCUGUGUCCACUUCCUCCCCUGCACCUCCAUCCACGGUGGUGAGCGGAGCAGCUUCACCUGCCGUUGAGUCAAAGCCAUCAGCUCAGUCGCCUGAACACCUUCAAGCCUCGGCUGCAGCUGCAGCGGCAGGCACGCAGAAACGAGGCUUCAUCUCCCGCUGGUUUGGUUCUUCUGCUGCUGCUGAGGCUCCUGCUGCUGCACCAGACGAACCUCCAGCACCAGCGUGUCCUGCUAAGGUCCAGAGUGUGGAUGACUUUGUGCCGGAUGAGAGACUGGAUAAGAGCUUCCUGGAGGACAGCUUGCCCUCCAAGUCCAAGGUGUCUCAGCCUGCAGCGGCUGUGGACAGCGACAGUGAUGGUGAAGGCAGAGGGAACCCCAUGGUGUCCCGUUUCCAGGAUGAGCUGGACCCUGACGACACGGAGCCCAGUCUCCCCCAACCUAAGACCCUGCCCCUCAGUAAAGAUAUCACUCUGACCAGUGACGAGGAGGAGGGGCUCCCAGCCCCCGCCGUCACUCUGGACCAAGACGUGGACAGUGAACCCGAGCUCAAAGCGCCUGUGAUCCACACCACCAAAGCAAAGGUGACAUCUAAAGCUCCAGAGGUCAAAGGUCAGAGUGCAGCAUCCAUCUUGCUCACUCUAACUCCAGCAGCAGAGCAGGGCAGCAAGAAGGGCAGCCCGGCCCGAGCUGAGGACUCCGACACGGACCCCGAGGCCCCCGUAGCCCAGCAGAUGCUCUCCUUCGUCAUGGACGACCCUGACUUUGAGUCUGAAGCCUCCGACACACCAAAAAUAACAAAGGAAGCGUUUCCAGUCAGAGAUGAGCUUCUGUCCGACCUUUCUGACGACGACAUGCAGUUAUCCAAGGAGCCAGAACCCCUGAAGCCCACCCUGAUCUCCUUCAAACACAAGGACGACACCGACCUGUUUGGCCUCGGCUUCCAAGAAGAAGCUCCCGCAGCCAAGGAGAGCAGCGAGGAGCCGGAAGAGAAAGAAAGCACACACGCCUCCAAAGACAAGAAGAAAAAGAAGAAGAAAAGCAAAGAGGAGGAUGAAAAGAGCAAGAAGAAACACAAACACAAGAAAAAGGAGAAAGAGGAAGCUGCAGCGGGAGAGGACAAAGAGAAAAAGAAGAAGAAGUCCCGGCCCAAGAAAACAGAAGUGGAUGAGCUGGAGGACUUCCUGGGCGGAGGAGGAGCGGGCUCCAUCAAAAGAGACGGCGGUGAUUAUGAAGAACUAUAAAAGCUCCCGUCUGAUCGGGAUGGACAUGUGGUCUUUGACUGUCAGAGCAUAAAGAUAAAGCAUCUCCAAGCCAUACGCAAUACGCACGGCUCCAGAUAACACCAGGUUCAAUAAGGUUGGACGCUGUAGGUCCUUCUGAUUGGUUUCCCAUCUGCACUACUGCUGUCACUUCCAUUCCAGCCAAUAGGAAACGGCGAGCAGACCCACGUGUACUGUAGUCACUGAUUGGCUCUUUGUACUCCCAUAUGAAUAUGUUGAUUUGACCCCCCUGUGAAUGAGCUGCUGUAAAUAUGGUCACCAUGUUGUUGGUGUAAUAAUGAGAGCAUGCUAUAAGUGACCAGUGAAUCUUAGAGACUCCAGUCUUUUCUUCUGUCUUUUCUUUCAUCUGUCUCCAUUUUCAAACUCUGAGGUGAUAUCAGAAACAAAAGAUUCCCCUCUUCUCUCUGGGAGGAUAUCCACACUACGCCGGCUACUUUUUAAAACAGUUUUGCUUGUUUUAACCUCAGACAGUCUGAACAUCUCCUUUAACUCUCUGUGGUCGCUCAUUUAACCCUUUGUCUACCCUUUGUUGUUGUUUGAGCCCAGGAGUACAGGAGGGUUAAAGCGUCAGUAGAUCUGACAAAACAGAAACCGAGUCAUUAACCUGCAAGAAUGUUGAUUUGUUUGAUUCCUUCAGCUGUGGUUGUGUUUGUCUCACCAGAUGUAAAGCACAGUUUUGUCCUUUGCUUGUGAACAAACGACAAAGAAGAACGGAGAACUGCAAAAAAAGGUGUCUAAAAACCAGAUAAAAACAGUAAAUCUGAGGGUAAUGAUCUAGAAAUAAGCAUGUUGAACGCUUAAAAUAAGAAAUUAACUCUUAAAACAAGAUAAAUAUCUAACACUUCUAAAUCUAAAGUUGUUUUUUGUCUUGGUAAGAAACAAAUAAACAUCAGGUCACUCUGCUCGGGCCAGUUCAUCACUGCUUGGAGCUUUAAUUUAUCUUGUUUAAAGAGUUCAUUUAGGAUAGAUUUAAUAAUCUUAAUUUAAGAAAUCUUGUCAAGUGAAAUUAUCUGUCCAUGCAGCAAGAUCAUUUCCCUCAGAUUUACUGUUUUUAUCUGGUUUUAGACAGCAUUUUAAAAAUGAGCCGGUUUAGUGUGGACAAGUGUCAUCACCAAGGUUAUUAUAGCUAACGAAAACUAACGAAAUAACGAAAACUAGAGUCGAAAAAAACAUUUUCGUUAACUGAAAUAAAAAUAGAAACGAGUUUUUAUAAAAACGAUAAACUAAAACUGUAUUUUGUGGUUACAAAACGAACUAAAAUUAUAGUAAAAAUGUCCUUAGUUUUCGUCUUUGUCAACUUUUUUCAUACGUAAACCUUUUUGGUUGAUAUGAAAUCUAUUUCAUCUAUCUGGAAUGCCCUGCUUAGCCUGCUGCCCCCGCGACCCGGCCCUGGGUAAGCGGAGGAAACUGGAUGGAUGGUUUCAUGACUUAAUAAACUUUUAUUGUGGCUUUUCUGAAUCUGGUACCCAACAAAUACCCCAUUACCAAAAAAACUAACUAAAAUUGUAGUAAAAAUGUCCUUAGUUUUCGUCUUUUCAACUUUUUUCAUACUUAAACCUUUUUGGUUGAUAUGAAAUCUAUUUCAUCCAUCUGGAAACCUCGCUUAGCCUGCUGCCCCCGCGACCCGGCCCUGGAUAAGCAGAGGAAAAUGGAUGGUUUCAUGACUUAAUAAACUUUUAUUGUGGCUUUUCUGAAUCUGGCACACAACAAAUACCCCAUUACCAAAAAAACGAACUAAAAUUAUAGUAAAAAUGUCCUUCGUUUUCGUCUUUGUCAACUUUUUUCGUACGUAAACCUUUUUGGUUGAUAUGAAAUCUAUUCUAUUCUAUUCCAUCUAUCUGGAAUGCCCUGCUUAGCCUGCUGCCCCCGCGACCCGGCCCGGGAUAAACUUAUUGGGGCUGAAUCAGACAAAAAAAUAAAGGCAACAUUUAUUGUGACUUUUCUGAAUCUGGUACCCAACAAAUACCCCAUUACCAAAAAAACUAACUAAAACGAAGCCUUUUCCAAAGAAUAAAAACUAAUUAAAACUAGCAAACUCACUCUAAAAACUCAAAAAUCGAGAUUCAAAAUUAAAACAAAAACUAAUGAAAAAUCCCAAACUAUUCUAACCUUGGUCAUCACCAGUGACUGUGUGAGUUCCUCUCUAAUGAACAUCCAGAUAAUCUCCACUCCUCUCUGCUUCACAUACUAAUUCUCAUGUUUCCUGCAACUGCCUUAAUGGAGGUUACUACAAGAGAAUGAUGUGCUGCUAUCCUCAUGAACCAUUUGAAGUGUUCUUACUGUAAGGUGUUGGGUAGCUCUGUGUCCCGGCCUCUCAUUGGUCACACAGAACCUCCAUCAUGUCUCAAGCCUGUUGUUAGAAGAUUGCAGUGAAUCAGUACAUUUGUUUUUGUUUAAAUUCUUGUUGGCGGGCAGAACACCAUCCUUCUAAAGGAGUAAUAUUGAAUUGUGUUGAUAUUUCUGUGUACGUAACAUUUCCAAGGUUUCUUCAUUGUUUUAUCCCUGUUAUUUAUUGCUUCUAUUUAGUUUUCUUGCAAAAUAUCAGUUGGUGUGACUCGUGCUGAAAAUGUCACACAAACAAACAAACACAUGCAGCUUUUAUUGGAUGACAGUUGUCGAUAUAUCGUGACCUGUAAACAUCCUCCGACGGUUUACUUCCUGCUCUUCAGGACUCUGAUGUGAACUACGUAUAGUUCACUAUCUUCCAUAGAUCUCCAAAAUGUUUCAAAAUAAGAGAAACAUUCUUUAAAAUACGAGAAAUGAC